AUGACGCAGAUGCGUUUACAAACGGCCGCGGAUGCGGUCAGGUGCAAGACCUUCCCGAUGUUCCUAGAAGGAAGGGUCCGGCAGUGGUUCCAGGGACUUCCCCCCAGAUCGAUCAGGUCUUUUACCCAACUCGCACGACUGUUCUCAGCGCAGUUCGUCUUUUCGCGAGCCUUCUCUAAAAGCACCGCUCACCUCAUGACCAUCCAGCAAAGGGCCGAGGAAUCACUGCGCGAAUACAUGGUGCGAUUCAAUAACGAAUCCCUCCAGAUCCGCGACCGAGACGACAAGGUGGUCAUGACUGCCUUCAUUAAUGGGCUGCGGAAGCAGAAGUUAUACACGGAGCUCGUGGAGAGACCACCCAAGUCAGUCCGGGAGACGCUGGACCGAGCUCACGAGAAGGCCAACGCUGAGGAGGCCAAUCACUUGAAAAGCGCGCAAGAGAGGCAGAGGGAUGACAAACGCCGAAGGAUCACCGACCAGGGAGACGUGCGACGUGACCAGGGACGAAAGAAUAACUAUGGCUAUCCGCCCAGAAGCCGGCCCCUGGGGGGAGAUAAGCCUUGGACUUCUCUCACGGCCCCCAGAGCUCGGGUUCUUGCGGUGAUGGAGCAGGAAGGGCUCUCCCGAUCUCUACUGUGCAUACCACCGAGAUGUGGGGCACGAUACUGA